AUGGCAGAGAUGAAAAUGCUGAGGUGGAUGUGCGGUAACACCAUAAUGGACAAAAUCAAGAACCAGGAGUUUAGAGAGAAGUUAAGCGUUACCCCAUUAUCUGCUAAAAUGCGUGAAAAUAGGCUAAAAUGGUUUGGACAUGUGCAAAGAAAGACUGUCGGCAGACCCGUUAGGAGAAUGGAAAGCAUCAUAGUGGAGGGUAAGAAAAGUCGAGGAAGACAUAAGAAAACGUGGGUUGAGCAAAUAAAGAGCGACCUAAGUGAGCUGCGCCUCUCCGUGGACCUGACUAGGGAUAGGAAUAGUUGGAGACGUCAGAUCCAUAUUUUAGAUUACUGA